AUGACCGAAGGCCCGGCCGGCACGGCCUUCGAGGACCAGAAGGACGAGGCCGAGAAGUCCGAGGAGGAGCCCGAGGAGGAGGCUGAGGAGGAAGAAGAGGCCCCUGCCCCCGAUCCCUUCGUCUUCGCGCCAAAUGGCAAUGGCGCUUCUUGCGUCAUCUACAAGGGUGGCUCCCUUCGCCGACCAAACGUCAUCGACAGGGAUACUCCUGUCCAAGUGGGCCGCCGCAAGAUGGCGAAGCUGGAGGCGGAGAAUUUUCGCAUGAAGCGGAAGAUAGACGAGCUAGAGAAGGAGAUUAAGAAGGUUUCCGCGCUUGAAAAGCGCACUAAGUACCUGGAGGACUGCAUGGAGGCUCUGCUAGGAGAGAAACUCGGCUCCUAUUAA